CUUUAAUUAGUGUCUCUUUCCAGAACACUCUUCAUGACACUUCUGUGUCACCGAUUUUGCUGAUGCUCAAAAAGUAAGGCCAAGGUAGUCUUAAAACCAAAAUGGUUUUUACUGUUGCCUUUUUUCUUCUUAAAAAAAAAAAAAAAAUAGCAGCUUCCAGCUUAUAAGGUGUCUAUAAGACAGAACAAGUUGCCUUACUGGACCCCCCAAGACCAGAAAUUGUGCCCUCUUCCCCGAACCCGCCCCCACACAGGCAGGGUUCUUUUGGGCGAACCUGCUUCUUGGGAAGGGAGGUGGCGAAACCUGUUUGAAGGCGAGGUUACCUCCCUUCCCCACCUCCCUCCUCGGAGGCGAGGGCAGCAACAGCUGAGGCAGCGAAGGGCACAGAGGUGCUGGGGAGCUGGAGCGGCCUGCUCCCCGGCAACCCCAGGUGCUUAAAGCCGGAGACGGGAAGAUGGGAAGUCUACCAGAGGCAGGAGAAAAGCCCCUGGGUCUUGGGGUCAGGGAGAAUGCAGAAGCAGCAGGACUAGCAGCGUCCUCGAGACUUGGGGAACUGGACCUGGAGGAGGAAUGGCAGGAUGAAGAGUUCCCUCGAUUGCUCCCUGAAGAGGCCGACGCUUCUGAAGGUCCUGGCGGCCCUAAAAGAGACGCACAGGCAGGUACCCCCAGCACGUUAGCCUUGUGUGGCCAGCGCCCCAUGCGUAAGCGUCUCUCUGCCCCAGGGUUGCUACUGAAUCUGACAAAGGAGCCUGGAGAUGAUGGAGCUUCUCCUACCCACUCUGUCCCUUCGUCUCCCGGUGGCAGCUCUGACCUGGAAGUAGACGAAUUGGAGACACCUUCAGACUCGGAGCAGCUGGACAGUGGACAUGAAUUUGAUUGGGAAGAUGAGCUGCCCCAGGCGGAGGGUCUGAGGCCCAGUGAGGCAGCUGAAGGGCUGGGCCAGGGUUGUGUGUGGGAUGUGGCUGGAGAAGACGGUCAUCGCUGGAGGGUGUUCCGAACAGGACAGCGGGAGCAGCGAGUGGACAUGACUGCCAUUGAGCCCUAUAAGAAAGCCCUGUCUCAUGGAGGUUACCAUGGUGAUGGCCUCAAUGCUGUCAUCGUCUUUGCUUCCUGUUAUCUGCCCAGAAGCAGCAUCCCCAACUAUACUUAUGUCAUGGAACACUUGUUUAGGUAUAUGGUGGGAACUCUGGAGCUGCUGGUAGCUGAAAAUUACCUGCUUGUUCACUUGAGUGGAGGCACAAGCAGGGCCCAGGUUCCAACCCUGGGCUGGAUGCGCCAGUGUUACCGGACUCUGGACCGGCGGCUCAGGAAAAACCUGCGCGCCCUGGUGGUCGUCCACGCUACGUGGUAUGUGAAGGCCUUCCUGGCACUGCUCCGGCCCUUCAUCAGUUCCAAGUUCACACGAAAGAUCCGUUUUCUGAACAGCCUGGCAGAGCUGGCCCAGCUCAUCUCCUUGGAUCAGGUCCACAUCCCUGAAGCUGUCAGACAGCUGGACCAGGAUCUCCGUGGCUCAGGAGGGAUCUAGCAUAGGACUGGAAUAAAGGGCCUUAGAACCAAGCAAAGAUAUGGACCUGCCUGCACCCUAACCCCCGAAACAUCUGAGCUGUUUGUAAAUCAUCUCGACCUUUGACCCCAGUACCUCGGGAUCUUCCCAUCUCCAUGGGUGUCGUUCCUUCGCUGCCCUGCCUUCAAAGCAGGGCUUUGAGGUCUGGAACCGGAUCUGCGGUGACUUUCAUGUCAGACAUAGGGAUGCACAGAGCGACGUUUUUUAUGGGAAAGUACAAAGCUGUGGGUCUUAGUCCUGCUUCAGCUGUAGAACUUUGGACCAAUAACUUCCUUGCGUCCCCUUUUCGUCCUUGGUAAAGGAAAGGGCGGGGCCCCUUCCACCUGGGGCUGUUGGUCGGGGAAGGUGAGAGGUGGAUGGGAAGGGCAGGCCAGGAGCCGCUCCGGGAAUCUCGGGGAAGCGCUGGGUGCCCCUCUUCCCCUCUCGGUCAAGCCUGCUGCCUGCGAGCCUGGGAACGAGUGUUUUCGAAACCUGCCUCUCUGUCCUCUCUAGUCCUUUCGGGUCUGUAGCGGGUAAUAAACUGCGGUGAGAGACUUAA